CCAAAUUCUCCAAAAAAAAGCUAACAAUAAGAAGAUUGACCACAUAUUUUGAUCCAUCUUUACUUUUUAGUUUCUAUACAGAGAAUGAAAAUCUGAAAUUCUAAAGAGAGAGUAAAUGGAAAGUAAAACUUAAAGAUUCGCUAAUUUUGAAACAAAUGGGCAUGGGGGUAGUAUCUAACAUACUUGCAAGUAUUAUAUAAACCUAACCACAAUUGAUGAACAAUACAAUACCAAAAUCUGAAUUCUAACGAUGGCUUCUCCCUCCAACUAUUUUUUCCUAGUUUCUCUUGCAGUUCUGUUACCAUUUCUCAUAAUCUUUGCUUCGGCCACAACUUACAUUGACGCCAUAUGUCAAAGUGUUACCGACAAAGCCUUCUGCGCCAAAACUUUGAACGCAUACCCUGCCGCGGGCUCUGCCACCAGCCAGUUUCAAGCAGCUACGGCCACGCUCAACCUAGCCAUUUCUUAUGCCGAUAAGUCUGCGGGUUUCACCGGAAAUGCGGCAAAGGAGAAUCCAACCUUGAAGACGCAAUUUGCAGCGAGUCAAGAUGCCUUUGUGACCAUUAGCAAGUCUCUCAAGAGUGCUGCUUCGGAACUCAAGAUAUCGCCAGACACUGCCAACUAUGAUGUCAUGGUUUGUAGUGACAGCAUAGCGACGGUGAAGAAUUUGGUAGAGAAAAAUACAGACAAUUCGUCAAAGACUGUUAUGACGAUGACAUUGAUGAUGGAGAAACUUCUUACAAUCGCCGUUGGAGCCACUGUCGCUGUUGGCGGAUAAAGACAACGAUAAUUAAGAACAUGUACAUACCAUCUUUCGUUUUACCCUGGUUAAAGGUUGUGGUUAUUUAUUUUACGGUUUUUACCCAAUAAAAAGAUUGUGGUUAUUUUACUUCUUUAUGAUGCAAUGUUUUGUUUUCAAGAUCCAUACAUUUUUUCUUUCGAUGGAACAUCUGUAUGUGAUGAAAACUUGCUUAGUGAAUUUUAAGAUGAUUUGGAAAAAUCUAAGGACCAUUAUAUGUUAUUGGGAUCAUUGAUUUUAAUUAUUCUCGAAA